ACACACACACCACUCCCACACCACUCCCCCACCCACACCCCCACACCACGCCAUCUGGCGAUUAAUUGAACUGCGAGACACACACACAGACAGACACACACACAGACAGACGGUAAAGCCCAGGAGGAGAAGCGAUGGGGAAUACCACUUCUUGCUGCGUGUCCUCCAGCCCUAAGCUGAGGAGGAACCACGCUCGGCUGGAGACCUACCGCACAGACACCGACAUCAGCCGCGAGGACACGGGCUGCAACCUGCAGCACAUCAGCGACAGGGAGGCUGUGGACGAUCUGAAUAUGGAGUUUAACCCUUCGGAUCACCCUCGAGCAAGCACCAUGUUCUUGAGCAAGUCACAGACAGACGUGAGAGAAAAGCGGAAAAGUCUCUACAUAAACCAUCACACUCCCGGACAGAUGAGGAGGAAAUACAGCUCGUGCUCCACGAUAUUCCUAGAUGACAGCACAGUUAGUCAACCCAACCUGAAGUAUACCAUUAAAUGUGUAGCUCUUGCAAUAUAUUACCACAUCAGAAACAGGGAUUCAGACGGAAGAAUGUUGUUAGAUAUUUUUGAUGAGAAGCUUCAUCCACUAUCGAAAUCAGAAGUGCCAUCAGACUAUGAUCGUCAUGACCCAGAACAGAAACAGAUUUACCGCUUUGUUCGAACGUUAUUCAGUGCGGCUCAGCUCACUGCGGAAUGUGCCAUCGUCACACUGGUUUAUCUCGAGAGGCUCUUAACUUAUGCAGAGAUUGACAUCUGCCCAAGCAACUGGAAGCGAAUUGUGCUAGGAGCCAUUCUGCUCGCCUCCAAGGUCUGGGAUGACCAGGCUGUUUGGAACGUGGACUACUGCCAAAUCCUUAAAGAUAUCACAGUGGAGGACAUGAAUGAGUUGGAGCGUCAGUUUCUGGAGCUGCUGCAGUUCAACAUCAAUGUUCCCUCCAGUGUUUACGCAAAGUAUUAUUUUGAUCUACGCUCCAUGGCAGAAGCAAACAGCCUCAGCUUUCCACUGGAACCACUUAGCAGGGAAAGAGCACAGAAACUUGAGGCCAUCUCCCGUCUGUGUGAAGACAAGUACAAGGAUUUGAGGAAAGCAGCCAAGAAACACUCGGCCAGUGCAGAUAACCUGGCUGUGAUCAGGUGGUCCCCAGCAAUCAUUCCCUAACAUUGGGGGAAGCUUGCUUGAGGAGAUUUGGUAUCCUCAAUCCAGUUUUUGUCUGGGGGGAGCAAAAGACUCUUUACACUUUUCAAGAUGCCUUUACAGUGCCUCCAUCUUGCGUAGCACAGGAAUAUUGGUAAUCUCUUUGGAGAAACAAAAUUUAUGGUGAUUGGUGAGAGAGGACCUGUCAUUUUCUAGCAUUUUCACUGCCUCUUAGCCCCCUCCAAUGGGUUUUAAUGUGGGUGGGGGAGGGGGGAAGGGAAGGGUGGGAGCCACAGUAAUUAAAAGAAUAGAGUAUUAUGGAGAGCUGAGGUGAAAGAGUUGUGACUUUUCAUUCCGUCAGCCUGUUUGGAGGAGACAACAUGAAAUAGUGGAAAAGUGAGAUUUUCUCCAAAUGCACACCAGGAAGAAGUUGUGGCAGUGGUGCGUGUUUUAACUUAAUUUAUUUCAGAAGCGCAGUCCAGUGGUCACGGGUAGGAGAGGUUCCCAGGUGUGAAGCGGCAAGUCACAGGGACGAGCCAGCAGGGUUUCACAAUGUGCUCAUGUCUCCUGUGAUCACACCCAUACAUUAGGUGGAACAUUCCCCCGGAGAUGACAAGUUCAGGGCUUUUCUUCCUCACGUGCGUGUCAAAAGCUGUCAUGAAGAAUGCAAAGCUCUAGUGCUUGUGUGUUAUGUGGGACUUUUAUACACACACACACAUUCAUUCCCGUAUGUACACACUUAGAUAUAUACACUCACUAUAAACCUUGCCAUGGUGGAGAGGCGCUGGUGGAGAAAUGCUCAAUUUAUUCCACAUAUUGAUGUUUUUGGUGCCAAUACUUUUCCCCCUACCUGUAUUUUUGAUAUGAUCCUCUAUAUGUGGACAGGCUAUCAGAUGCAUUAAAGUAGCCACUUUUUGUUUUCCUUUUACUUUGUACCGCAAUUUUAUUGAAUUAUGUUUCAAGUGACUUCUGUUUUAUAAAACUGAUACCCAAUGUGCAAAUUUGACCUUUGUCUGCUGUUCCCAUCCUGUCAAACGUGCAAACAGAAAACCCAUAAACCUUACUCGCUCAUUUCUUUCUCAUACUUUUCCUUCUCUGAUGGAAUGUUGUUUCUGGUGAUCGUUCCACAGACCCCUUUUUUUCCCCCCUCCCCCUCUUCUUCCACCCUCCUCCCGCGCUCCCCUCCCCCACCCACUGUUUCGCUUAAGAGGUUGUUUGCCAGGUGUGAGCCCGACAAACAUUUUGACUGUUCUGUGGAGCCUGAUCCUUCCCAUCCUGCCCUUUCAAAACCUCCACAUUGCACUUUCUACCAGGCGUGGCUUAACAGCAGUCGACAGCAAAUCUUUCGCCAGGCGAGUCCAACGGACGUCGAGGCCACUACUCCCACUGUUGCAGCUGAGAUCAUCAGGCUCAGCACAGACUGGGGACAAAACAUGGGACCUUACUGUGUACUCAUUCCGAAUGUCUUAUUGCAUCGUCUGAGGUUUGCUUGCCUCUCUACAGCCUGUUAAAUUACAGGCAGAGUAAAACUUGCACGUCUGUUAUCCAGAAAAUAAGUGCUACUUAUUAGCUACAGUACUGGGUGUUCAAAAGGGGUUCAAUACAAUUCAGAUCAUGUUGCUUUUUUAUGUUCCCACAUGCCUUUUAUUGAGCUCAACAAUGCUCUCUUCUGGCUUUUUUCAACAUUUUCUCUUUUUGUUUUGAGAAACAUUCUCUUGGCUACUGUGCCAAAGCUUAUUGCUGUAUUACCAGCACACAGUUUAGUGAAAAGUAGUUUUAUGUUCAUUGCUUAUGGUUUGUAUAGAAACUGAUUGCAAUGUGCGAAUCUGAUGGAAAUCACAGCACAUUUCCUGCUGUACAUAGUUUUAAUAUGGCUAGAUCAUUUUCUUUUGCAUUAAGUUUACAUUGAAGCAUAACAUGAAUAGUUGUGGGAAGAUAACACGAGAAAAUAUCUGGAUGCUGGGCAAAUUAAUUCCAGUUGGUUGUUUUCUAUGGAUCAGCGUGACUCAGAGGCAUUCAUUUAAUGGACAACAUGAAUUGUUUUUUAUAUACUAUGUUUUAAUCAACUUUUUGCCACGACAGCUGGAAAUCUGAAGCAAAUUCAAGAUGAUUGCUAUCAGUGCAUGCCUGAGAGAAAUCCCACCAGUGACCGAACAUUUUCGAAAUAAUUUUUAUUGAUCAUUGAACCAGUGAUUAUUAAGUCCUAGAUGUUCAACCCAAAAUUUUAAGUGCACACUUGGUAACAUUUUACACCCUCGGUGAUUUAAUCGGCUGUUUUGCUCUUUUUGAUAAAUAAUUUUCCAAGUGUUUUGGGGCAAGAAAAAAGAAUCAUUGAGUUCACGUGACUUUGAGUGAAUUUUAGUGAGGUGAGCGUUGACGAGCUCUGUAGCUAUCUGAGUACACAUGUACUUUUGUGAAGUUUAUUAAACUUGUUAAAGAUUGUAUAACCUAUUUAUUGUAUGUAUGUACAUACAGUCUAAAAUGCUUAAUGAAGAUGUAAAGUGGUCUCAGUAGAAUCUGUCUCAGUCUGGUUUAGACUGGUGAUUCUUGUUUUAGCCUUGAGCACUGGCCUCUACCUCCGUACAGAGAAUUUAUUCCCUUGAUCUUUGGUUAGUUGGAAAAGAUUUAACUUUUUUGGUGAAGGUCAGUUAUGUAUCUCAGUUACAUUUCUUGUGCUGAGCGAAUCUACUGUACUUAUGUUCCUUUUUGUUUUAAAUCCAACUUAACUCCAAGUAUGCAAAGGCGUCCACUGAGCGAUGUUAUGUUUUGUUAUAAUGGAAGAAAAAAAGACAGUGCUUUGCAAUUUUUUUGUUGUUUGGUCAGUUUUUGCCAAAUACAAAGCAUUAUCAAUGGAUAAAAAUACACAAUACAAACUGACUUCUUGUAGUUGUAUUUCGUUCCAGAACAUCCAACUGACGCAAUUUGCAUCAAUACACUGAAAGCUCACCCUAUGUUUGAUUGCGAAUGAUCGUGACAUACUGUAUUGGUGAAUAAUGGUUUUAAUAAAGAAAUGUAUACAUUUUGGUUACAUGCUGCAUAUUUGUGCUUAAACCGAUAGUACAGAAGAUCUAUUCUCUGUGCACCUUUGGUGAAAUGUUCAAUGGUGUUAUCACCUUGAUUAAGCAAUCUGUAUGCCAAUGUCAGUAUGCUUACCGUGUCCUCAGAAUACAAGUCUUUUUUACAAAAA